CGUGACUUUAUGCUCAUCAGUUUAAACAAAAUUAAUAGUUCACUCUUUUCGUUUAAUUUCUGGACUGAAAGUUUCACUCGUGGAAAAAAUAUUUCUUUUCUUUCUUCCCUUGCUUUACUAAAUUCACGUUCUUGCAACUUUGCCUAGUGCGGCGAACGGUUUACAUCAAAUACGAAGAAGAAUGCGAAUGCGCGAGUGAGAUAAACAGAGUCUUUUGCUUUGAAACUCUAUGCGUGCGAAAGGUACUAAUGAUUGGAAAGCGGUGAAAAUGGCGACAGAGGAAUGCUCAUGGAAAGCAGGGAUGCAUUGGUGAAAGUGUUAUCCAGGUGCAAUUAAACAUGGACGACUUCCAAAAAAUAGAAAAGAUUGGUGAAGGUACAUAUGGUGUGGUAUAUAAAGGACGAAAUCGAGUAACUGGCCAAAUAGUUGCUAUGAAAAAGAUUCGUCUUGAGGGCGAUGAUGAGGGAAUACCAUCGACAGCAAUUAGAGAAAUAUCGUUAUUAAAAGAGCUGAAACAUCCUAAUAUAGUUUGUUUGGAGGACGUAUUGAUGGAAGAAAAUAGAUUAUAUUUGAUCUUUGAAUUUCUUUCCAUGGAUUUGAAGAAAUAUAUGGAUUCGUUGCCACCAGAGAAGCCUAUGGAAACUGAAUUGGUGCGAAGUUAUUUAUAUCAAAUAACAAAUGCAAUAUUGUUUUGCCACCGUCGCAGAGUCCUUCAUCGAGAUUUAAAGCCACAAAAUUUACUGAUUGAUAAAAAGGGAGUCAUAAAGGUGGCAGACUUUGGUCUUGGCCGAUCAUUUGGUAUACCGAUUCGUAUUUAUACCCAUGAAAUUGUAACCCUUUGGUACAGAGCCCCAGAGGUUUUACUGGGGUCACAGCGGUAUUCUUGUCCUGUGGAUGUUUGGUCUAUAGGCUGCAUAUUUGCUGAAAUGGCCACAAGGAAACCGCUAUUCCAAGGCGAUUCUGAAAUUGAUCAGCUUUUCAGAAUUUUUAGAAUACUAAAAACGCCAACUGAAGAGACUUGGCCUGGUGUAACUACUCUUCCUGACUAUAAGAAUACAUUCCCCUGUUGGUCAACGAAUCAACUUACUAACCAGCUAAAAAAUCUCAAUGAUAGAGGCGUAGAUUUAAUUCAAAAAAUGCUUAUAUAUGAUCCUGUUCAUCGCAUUUCUGCCAAGGAUAUUCUUGAGCAUCCAUACUUUGACGGAUUCAAGAUGAAAUUUGUAAACGAAUGAGAAUAAAAAAUAAGAAAUUAAUUACCUUAAAAUUAAUAUUCAUUUUAUACUUCUAUAUAAAUUUCGUAUACCUUUAUAUUAAAUCAAAUGUUUUUUUUCCACAUAAAUUAAAGACAUAUGUACAAUUAUAUAAAAAUAUAAAUAUG